AUGGAGAGGAGGGGUAGAAGGAAAGGCGUGAGGUACAUCAAAGAGAACAGAGAUCGCGGCAUCACCCUCAGCAAGAGGCGUGAAGGGCUGUUCAAGCUUGCGAAUGACCUCUCCAUCCUCACUGAUGCUAGUGUCGCAGUUUGCCUACAUGACAACAAUAAUAAGGUACAGUUUUUCGGGGCCCCAAUGGUGGAACCCAUCGCCGAUGCUUUUCUAUCAGAACAUCCACAGACAAAACCAUUUGUCGACAAACAACUGAAGGCCAAGAUCGCGUCGAUGCAAAGACAGCUGGUUCAGCUAGAGAGUGAACAAGAUGAGAAGGCAAAGAAGACUGAAAAAUCAAUCCAGCGCUUCAAUGAGGUCAAAGAACAGAGCGAAGGUCCGGCCAAACAUGUCUUCUCCAAGGUAGAGGAUCUUAGCCUCGAUGAAAUGCGUGAACUUUAUCAAAUACUCUUGGUGAUCCAGCAAGAUGUCAAGCAGCGGUUGCCUACCCUACGUGGUGGCAACAAGCUGCAGAUUGGUGGAUCUAGUGCGUCGGCACGCCAGGAGCCCUCGUGUUCUCGCUUGAUGGCUUCGCACCAUCCAUUCACUCCAUUGCUUCCUGGAGGGACAUCAAGAAUCCCCAUGGUACCUCCACCCCAGGCUCUAGGGUCACCGUGGUCUCACGUAGUUCCGCUACGUUCACCACGGUUUCCUUCUGCAGAGCUAGUGCCAUCUCAACAAUUACCACUGGCAUCACUAUCACAGAACACAGUGCCACUUUCUACAAUGCAUGCUCCAUUAGCGCAAAAGCCAAUUACCAAUCAAUCAUCAGCGGUUCCCCUGUUAACGCAAUGGCAAAUGCGUUUCGGGGAACAGCCAUCCUCUGAAGCACAAGCAUCCACUCUAGUGGAGCAACCUCAGCAAAAUGAUAGUGCAGCCCCUAUCCCAACCUUCAGUGAUAAUCUCCUUUCAGAGUUGUUGGCUGAUGUCAGUGAUGAUGGCAUUGCUACUGAUGCUGCAUUGGGUUCUCCUAUUGAUGCCAACUGGUUUGCUGACUUGGACGCUCCCAAUGGGAAUAUAUAG